UUCGAAUCGGAAAUGAAAAUUAUUAGUUGGUUUGGCGUCGUAGAGGGACGAGGUCAUUUUUAGUGAGAUAAUUUACGGAGGAAACUGUUUUAAAAUGUGGAAAAUUUUAGGACUACUUCCGUUCUGCUUGUCAGUUGUGUUGAGCGCAGUUCAACCCAACCUGAUGACUCGAGAUGCCCGAGGCGUCGUGGGAGCCUAUGCGUCGCCAGCUUUGAAAGUUUUGAGUUCCGGAACUCCAGUUGGACCGUCCGGACUAGGUCAAGUUGUUAGAAGUGCGUAUGCCACUCAACCGCUCUCUUAUCAGCAAGACCAGCCAUCAAGGGGUGUCGUUUAUCAACCGCUGCAAGGUGCCUACGCCCAACAGCAACUCCAACAGCUUGAGUCUCCACUCAAGAAUUAUCGAGGAGGUGACGUGAUCCAACAAGCUGUAGAGUUACAAGUACCGGAGACUAUUGUUGGGAAAGAUGUCGCCGAGGGGGGUGCCCUCCCACCAGCGUAUGCUCAGGCAGUGUAUGAAGAAAGCCCUUAUGCACAAAUUAGUGGUGGGGGUGGGGAUGGAAGUGGAGGUGCUGGUCCAUCGCCAUACACCCAAGUAGCUGGUUUGUCGCCAUAUUCUCAAGUGGGCGGUGGUGGUCCAUCGCUUUAUUCUCGAAGUCCAGCCUCGCCAUACGCACAAGGUGGAGUAUCAUCCCCCUUCUCUCAAGCUGGUGGCCAAGUAUUAUUGUCAUCGUCUCCAUUCGGCCAGCCUGGUCCAUACUCUUCUGAAUUGGGAGAAGGUCCAUCGCCCUAUGCUCAAAGUGGUGUCGAAGCCGCCCCUCAAGGAGGAGGAGGAUCGUCUCGAGGACCACCUUUGGAAUUUAGAGGGGUAUAUCCCGGUCUAUCCGGACCCCCACAUGGCGGUGGUCUAUCGGGCCCCUUCGGUUUCGGACCCAGCGGUGUAUCCCACUCGCCACGACCAAGCCCAUACCUCUUCAACCAACCAGUUCACACACUUGGUCAAUCUAAUCGUGGCGUGACGAAAGGAGUUCCUUCAAAAACUACAAAAUCGACACAAUCAUCUGCUUCCGUAGAGGGAGGAGAUGUUCCUAUAAUCAUGUACGGAGGAGGCGGACCUGGUGGACCUGAUGGUCGGUACAACAUUGAAGAGUUGGAAGCAGGAGGACCUUCCCCUCAGGGAGUAAGGGGUCCACCCGUAUACAAUCUUCAAGGUCUUGGUGGUGGUCCGGAAGAAUUCUCACCAUAUUCUGGAGGCCCUGUCUCAUAUUCCUUAGGAGGAGGACCAGGUGGACCACCCCCUCAACAUUUCGCAUAUUCUCCUGAAUCAGGACCACAAUCGUCGCCAUUUGGUGGCGGCGGCCCUCCACGAGGUCCAACCUUCCUGCAAGAAGUUUCUUCUCCAUCGGCCGCCGAAUAUGUCGCCAAACCACGGCGACAACGUCAUCCUUCGUUUGACUUUUCACCCAUGCAACUCCUCCGACGACCAAGACACGGAUAUCUGCAGGGUGGACCUCGAGGACCACCACCACCACCAAGUCACGACUUUGAUUACUAAUAAUUCAUAAAAUUGUAAUGUCAGAAUGUGGUCUCAUUUUUAAUUUUGUCUCAAUGUUUGUUAACUUGUUAAUUCUGCUGCAUCUAAAUAUGUACGUACCUGGAAAAAAGAGGAGUUUCUCGACGCUAGAAAUGCCAAAUAUUUUUUUAGAUAAAUAAAGAUAAGCGUUUUCGUUCAAA